AGGGCGCGGGCGGGUAAGAAAGUCUUCUUUUCUUCUGUGCGCUUCGCUGGACUGUUAGACUGUCCCAGGAUGAUGUCAUGCUUUUUUUUUGUUUUUAAAUAAAGAAUUAGGAAGCACAGGAAGGUAAGGCAGAUUAGAAUCCCGGCAGGAUAAUUUCCGUUUCCGGUGCCAAAGGGCACGUGGAAUGUAAACACGGCACCAAGAAGUGGUUUUCAGAAUGGCUUCCUUUGGAUGGAAGAGGAAAAUUGGAGAGAAGGUAUCCAAGGCCACGUCCCAGCAGUUUGAAGCUGAAGCAGCUGAUGAGAAGGAUGCAGCCGAGAAUGAGGAUGGGAACUGGCUUCACGCCAGCAAACGGAGGAAGGAAACUCUGCAGGAAGGCUGUAAGCAGAGGAGCAAGCAGCUGAAGGACGAAGGGGCUCAUCUGGCUGAAAACAAACGAUACCAGGAGGCAAUUCAGAAGUGGGACGAAGCACUACAGCUAACCCCAGAUGAUGCCACUCUUUAUGAGAUGAAGUCACAGGUCCUGAUGUCUCUUCAUGAAAUGUUCCCAGCAGUCCAUGCAGCAGAAAUGGCUGUCAAGCGUAACCCACACUCAUGGGAGUCUUGGCAAACUUUAGGUCGAGCUCAGCUUGGAUUAGGAGAGAUAGUCCUGGCAAUUCGAAGCUUUCAAGUAGCCCUGCACAUAUAUCCAAUGAACCCUGAACUCUGGAAGGAAGACCUUUCUUGGGCCAGAAAGCUCCAGGAACAGCAGAAAGUAGCCCAGAGGAUUGAAAAGAAAGAAAUGCCCCCGGAAGGACCUGACCUCUCACCAGGGUCAAUCCCGGAUUAUGACUUUGAAAGCGAUGAGAUUGUUGCCGUUUGUGCAGCUGUGGCUGAAAAACAGAAGUCGGUGUCUGCAAAUAAAACAAUGGUUAUUGUGUCAGCUUCUGGGACUGUAGAGAUCGUAAACGAGAAGGAAGAGGGCUCUUCCACCCCUGAUGGCUCUGUCUUUAUCAAAGCCCGAUGAAGCCAUACACAAUGGAAAGAUGUUUGAAUCUUUUUUUUUUUUUGGUUGUUACUUAAUGUUUAGAUGACAUAGGGAUAUGUACUGUGGAGGAAGAGGGGGAAAAAUCCUGUUUUAAAAUGAGCUUUUUUAGAUAAAGCAUACAAAAAUCAAGUUGUGGAAUUAUUCUUUAGUGAGUGGACUGUGCUUCUGUAACUUUCAGUAUGUACUUAAGGUUAGCAUCUUACGUGAAAUGCGUUUUGAUUGAUAAGCAUUUAAUUUGACUGUAUGGGAGAAUACGCUUAAAGGCACAGUUUGGAAAGUGUGCUCUUGAGUAGUGUAUCUUGACAGGCAUGUUACUACUAUGGUGCCAACAUGGAGACUUUGCUUUGUGAUAAAGGAAGUGUGUGGUUUCUUUCUCUCCUGUAAAUCUGCUGUUGUCAUUCUCCCAUUUUUCUUGCUUCACCAGUGUAAGUUUUCAUCAAGAUUGAAUAUUUCUGACAUUCAUUUGGAUUCAAAGCUAUUGCUUUGUUAUAUGUGAAUAUUUGAAAUAUAUGAAGUUUGCCUAAAAAUGCAUGCAGAUGUAUGUGUCCUGAACAUUUCUUUGAAGGUUUUGUUGUCCUUGUUGUUGUUCUAAUUCCUAAUUUGUGCUUCUGUUUUGACUUUAAGGUUAAGAAGUGGUGUCUUCUUCAGUACUUGGUAACUGUGGAUACUGGGUGUCAGAGACAGAUUCAUUUUACUGUUAAGCUUGAGUCAUCUCUACCACAAGUCAGUCUUCUGUAAAGAUGAAUGGCAUGUGCAGAUUGUCAGUAAGGUCUACUCCUGCACUAUCCUGCAUUAUCAAAGGAGUUUCUUUUCCCUUUUUUUCUUUUAGGGAGGAGGCUAACUAAACUAGACUGCUGGAUUAACACCCUGCUGCUGAGCUAGAUCCUCAUUCCUCUUUUUCUUAUUUUUGAAAGUGUGAAGAAGCCUGAAAACAUUUCUUCCAUUUUUGGCUCUUGUUUUUUAGUGACAAGUUCUUACGUUUAGCCCAUGCUAGCCUCAAGGUUAUCUUCCUGCCUCAGCAUCUAGAGUUCUGGGAAUACAGGUAUGAUCUACCACAGCUGACUAAUACUUCUUGCUUGUAACUUUGCAGUGAACAGUUUAUAAAUAUCUUUCUAAAUAGCUUUUUGGGGAACUAUUCAGUGAAAUGAAAAAAUAGUUACAAUUUCAAUUAAGUAUAAAAUCUCUCUAAAAGUAAAAAGACAGAGUUAUUAGAAUGUCAGUAUGUUACUGACAAGCAAGGAGCUAGAAUGUGAUUAAUAGUAUAAUCCCACAAGUUUGAGAUGGAUCUGGUAAGGAAGGAGUUCAGUGUCAGGUGUGGUAGCAAAUGCCUGUAAUCCCAGCACCAAGGAGGCUAAGGCAGGAGAGUUGUAAAUUCAAGGCCAGCUUGGGUAACACAGCUAGCCUUUGCCUCAGAGCAAAACAAAAUCAGCCAAAAAAUAUAACAACACAAGAAAAAGUUUAUUAGAAAUUCUCAGUCACAGUCACAAACCAAUACUAUUAUUGCUAUGAAUUACUGUUUUUAUUGCAUACAUUAUAGGGCAAACAUAUGCAACUGUUUAGGUGCUGUUCGUUCUGAUACUCAGGCAGUUAUUAUUGAUGUAACUUUUUUUUUCAGAGAUAAAAAUGAUCUCGGUUGUACUAUGUAAUCUUAGCAAAAACUGUUGGAACAUAUAAAUGUGGUCUGUAUUUUUAUGAGGAUAAUAUUUUUUGAAGUAUUUUCGAGGAAUGUUCACUAGUUUUUCUUUUGCAGAGUUAGAGAAUCAGCAGUCUCCAUAAGAAGUAUUAUAUUCUCUCCUCCCCCACUAAAUUAUAGCUUCAGAUAACGAGCCCCUGGAUAGAAGAGAGUUGUAGAAUGAUUAAAAAAAUUAUUUUGUUAAAUAACAGGGAUAUUCUCAGAGAGUAGCUAGAUGCCUAGAGAAUUGAAUAUGUCACAUUUGACAUGUUACAUACGAAUAUCUGUUUAUUAUAUAAUUUGUGAAUAGUUUUCCCUCUGUGUUUUGGAGAUUGUCCUCUUAGAUUUUUUUUUGUUUGUUUGUUUUGUUUUUCGAGACAGGGUUUCUCUGUGUAGCCCUAGCUAUCCUGGAAAUCACUCUGUAGACCAGGCUGGCCUGGAACUCAGAAAUCCGCCUGCUUCUGCCUCCCAAGUUCUGGGAUUAAAGGCAUGCGCCACCACUGCCCAGCAUUUUCCACUUAGAUUUUGAAAAUUAGAUUCGUAUAUCUUUUUUUAUUUUCCUGUGUAGAAGUGUCCUUGAAGCGCUCUGCAUGGUUCCUUAUACAUGCUGGCUAGCUAGUUCUAGGAAGAACUUGUCUUAGUUCGGAAAUACUUCUUCUAAUUUCUUCUGAAUUUUGAAAAGAGUUUUAUAAUCUUUUAUCUGAAUGAAGUUACUGCUUGUGAUACUGAAAGAUGGUUGUCAGUUAGAAAUUGUUCUUGGCAUAGAGUCUAUGCCUAAUCUCCAAAGAGGCAAGCCCUCACAUGGCUUGCAUGUUGCUUCUCCACUGAUGAACCUGUUGAUUCAAAUGUAUUAGAUGUAAGAUGUGGGGAAUGGGAGAAUGAGUUAUAAAGAAAAAAGAAAGGUUCACUUCUCCAGGCCCCCAAAAGGCACUUUAGCUAAUAUUCCAUGCAGGAAGGGAAACACACAUCUGUUAUUUUUCUGGGGUGUGAGCAACAGUAUAUAAAGGUUUACUAAAGCUGUUAAUUCUAAUAAUGCUCAUAUUUUAUGAAUCUGGAGAAAAUGACACGCAUAGUGAUAUAAUUAUAUUUAAUAAAUGAUCAUAAGCAACAGUA